UGGGUUCAAUAAUGCACUUGAAUUUAAUACAUGUAGUUGGGAGAGUACAUUUCCAUGUAAGUCAUUGGAUACAUAUAAAACAUAAUUUACUAUUAUUUAGUAAAUUUAGGCGAUCAUAAACUAUAAAAUCCUAAACCUUACCCAAGAAGAUAGGAAGAUACAUUCUGCGAGACGAACCUGAAAAUGUAACACUGGUGAGCGAGUAGAACGGGGGAAAUCCGCGAGGUACCAGGUAAUUCUAAUGGGUGGUGGAAUUUCACAGCUGUCAGAAGAGCAGAUUAAAGAACUCACGGAACAAACACCGUUUAAUGCUAAAGAGUUGGCCAAGUUGUUAAAGCGAUAUUCACACUAUGAUAACUCUGAAAAAGGUGACUUAGGUGUAUCACUGGAAGAGCUCCUGAAGAUACCUGAACUCAUUGGAUAUUCACUGAUUCCAGCAGUUGCACAGCUGUUUGUAUUAGACUCCGGUCGAAUCUAUCCAGAGCAGUUCAUAUACAUGUUUUCUGUAUUGAACUCGAGGACUACAGUGGAGAAGAAAAGAGAUUUGGCCUUUAAGCUGGCAGAUACCAACAAACAGGGUGUGCUAAAUAAGUCGGAUGUGAUUGGAUUCUUGGGUCUGCUUUAUGCAGGUGCUCUUUCUGCCAAAGAAGUUGAAUACUUGGCAGAGAAGAUCUUACAGAGAGAGGAUCUGGAUGAACAAGGGCAGCUUUCUCGUACUGACUUUGAUAAGUUUGUGUCAGAUGCAGAACUGAAAGAGCAGUUAACAGUUGACUUACAGCUUCAGUAAUGCUGCGUGCAACUUAACCAACAUCAAUGUCAAA